AUGGCGACGCUGACGACUGGCGGCAGAUAUCAGAUGUGGGCGCUGAAGGACAUACGGGCCCACGACACGUUCGGAGGCGCCCAGGAUGGUUUUGAGAGCUAUUUCUUCACGAUGGAGGCGGAGGUCACCGAGAUGGGCUGGAGGCACCUGUAUGAUGCAGCAGUGACCCAUGUUGGCCCCAUCAGUUCCGAGAGCAUCACGAAUGAGGAGACGCGCGAACUUUCGCGCAACUUGGGCACGUUCUUGGCCAUGACGAAGCUUGCUGGUGCCGGAAAUGGGUUUGAGGCGCUGAGGCGGAUCUAUGCGGACUAUCGACCCCAGGGCGGCACAUUUGAGCACAGUCUGCUGACCACGACUGUGCAGCCUAAGUGGUGGUCGAGCGACGAUCAGUCAAGGCGCAGCUUCGCAUAUGUCCUUCACGAUUGGGGUCACCUGGUCACGCAGCACGAGUUGGCUAGCCAGGAGAAGAUCUUGGACAUAAUGACGUGCGCGACCAUCCUGGGCUACGCGCCGCUCCAGAUCAGAGAGGCCCUCGACGGUGCGAGCCAGGAGGUCAGGGAUAACUACGCGGUGAUGCGGACCGGCCCCAUUGCUCGCCACUUGCUCAGUGCUGGGAGGGUUUUCGACGCAGGCUUCGACGCGGUCUACCCGCGCAGUGAGGGGGACAUGGAAGAUGCCAAGCAUGAGGUCAAGAAGGCGAAGCGGCUGGCAGGGGAUCGCUCUUCCAAGGUCGCGAUGGGCGUCGUCGCGGCGAGCGAGGACGUGGAGAUGAAGGACGUGGGGGCCGUCCAGGCCGACGGGGCUGGUGCGCCUGCGCCCAUGGCAGAGGGUGCUGGGUCGGCUUCGUCGGGGUCUGGCGGCGCGGCCCCCGCGGCUCCCGAGGGGGGUCUUCCCGCAGCGGCCGGGCCAGCAGAAGGUCCGCCAGCUCCGAAGGCAGAGAAGAAGGUAGUGGGGGACCCAGAGGGGGCAGAGCUGGGACCAGGCACUCGAGUUGACUUGCUGCGAGCUUGUCUGAGGGAGCUAGGCGGCGCGGUCUACGGCGCGAAGAAGGAGUUGUGGACUCACCUGUUUCAGUGCGAGCAUAAGCGCAAGCAGGAUCUCGAGUUUAAGAAGGCGGUCGAAGAACGAUACCGGCAGCAGGUUGACGGACAGCCUGUGACGGAGGCUAAGGUCGUGGAUGGGCCCUACAGCCCGACGGACACCGAGAACGUCUGCGACGAGGCCGACGGGUCUUGGCACGUCUUGGUGGUUGCGGAUCGCAGCGCGGGGUUUCUCUGCGGCAGCGCGCCCGGGAACGAGGCCGCCGACGACUGCGCGACCAAGCAGCUCAUGAGGUUCAUGAAGCACUUGGCCUACCAGAAGCCAGAGCCCAGGCGCGACGCUGAGCCUCCGGCCAAGGCGCUUCAGGAUAAGGUUGUCAGCGCGAGGAGUGAGGAGAACCUGGAGACCAGGGUUUCGCAGGGCAAGACGGGGGACAGCCAGUCGAUGGGCUUUAUCGGGGCUCGGAUUCGAUGGUGGCGUGGGCACCUGAAGGCCAACAGGGUGCAGGUUGAGAUGAACUACGGGAUCAAGCUCGCACCUCAUUCUCCUCUCUGGCCGUUUCUCGCUCACCACGCCGCGAACGUGACGAACUGGCUCAGCAGGGACGCCGGCGGCUAUGCGGCGUACUUCGCGGUCAGCGGGGUGAACUACACGGGCGUCGUGGCGCCGUUCGCAGAGACGGUGAUGGCGAGGACGCCGAAGGGGAAGCGUCACGACAAGGAUAUGUUGCCGAAGGUCUGCGGCGAGCCCUGGAAGGAGAGGAUCGCGCGCAUGCCUCGCUCUCUCGUCAUGGGCGGUGACAAGGGCGAGGUCGCGCCAACGCCGUUGGAGGCCGCGGGCGCGGAGGCGAAGAAGGCGCGCGUCGAGGGUCUGAUCGCCGGCGCCAUCGAGAACAUCAGCGGGCAGCUGGACUACAAGACGCUCCUGACGGCUGAGGAGCUCACGCACUGGGACAGCAGCGGCUCUCCCAUGGAGGAGGUGGCGGAGGCGAUCGAGAAGGGCCUGAAGCUCUGCGACGAGUUCGGCAUCUACUCGGUCCACCCUCGGGGCGCCGCCGACGGCAAGAAGAAGGUCGACGCCAAGUGUGGGGGGGGGGGGGAUCGGGCAGGGGCCCUCAAGUACAGGUUCGUUGGCAGGGAGUUCGCCUGGCUGGAGGAGCGUGGCGACUUGUUCGCGCCAGGAUCGACAACCCUGACAGUUGGCGACGUGACGAGCGCGUGCUACCAAGUGCCUGAGAAGGAGGAGUUCUAUUGUGAUCCUCCACCUGAGUGGCUUGCUGCGAGGGCCAAGGCAGGCCUCGACGUGAAUGUUGUCUGGGAGCUGGAGACGCAGCUCCCUGGCAGGGGGGAUGCGAGUCGUGAGUGGGUCGGCUAUGUUGCUGACCAUCGCUUGAUCUGCGGGCUUAGUCGGAAUGAUGCCUGCCCACAGUUUUACCGCAAACCGAUCACUCGAUGGAGCCUCGAGUUUCACAUGGGCGACUUCUUUUGCGCUGGGCGCAAGGGCGAGGUGGGGGGCUUUUUUCCCGCGAUCAGGGCGAAGCUGAAACUGAAGGACAGCGACGUCGUCAUCGAGGGCCGCUUCGAGUACCUGAAGCACCAGAAGCAAAGCAGCCACAUCAUCGCCGAGCUGGGGUUGAGGGGCGCUAAUCCAGUCAGGACCGUCGAGCACUCCCCGCCGCUGGUCGACAGGCAGAUUGCGAGGUAUCGGUCGCGCGUGGGCAGUGGUCUCUACUUGGCUCAGGACCGCGCCGACAUCCGGGGGGGCGCGGGCGCGUUGGCUGCUGAUCUGGCGGCGCCGACGGAGCUCCCCUGGAAGAGGCCGCUGCGGCUCGGGCGCUACCUGGUCGGCACCUCUGACCUGGGCGUGUUCCUCCCGAAGGUUGAUGCGAAGAUCUGCAAGAAGGGCGUGGUCCACCUGAGGGCGUUCUCGGACAGCGACCACGGAGGCAAGGAGGCGAAGCGCAAGAGUGCCACGUGCGGCGUCCUGCACGCGGACGGCGUUAUUCUGGCGACGCUUGUGAGAAGGCAGGACCUGAUUGCAGUGAGUUCGGGUGAGAGCGAGUUCUGCGCGCUGAGUACCGUGGCGACGGGUGGCAAAAUGCUGAGGGACCUGCUCACCUGGUCCGGCUUCCGUGCCGAGUGGACUUUGGAGACGGACUCUUCGGCAGCGCGCUCAAUGUCCUUGAGGCGGGGCGUUGGAAAGGUGCGCCACUUGGACACGAGGGCCCUGUGGGUCCAGCAGGCGACUCGCUUGCACAACUUGAGGGUGGUGAAGCGCAAGGGAACACAGAACCCCGCGGACAUCGGAACGAAAUCGCGCACGGCUGAGGUGCACGAGCAGGUCGAGGUGCAUGCAGUAAUUGAGAAGGUGGCGCGCACGGCUCGUGGCGUGCAGUUUGGUGGAAAGGUCCCGAGCAGCCCGACGCUCAACACGGCGAUCCUGGCAUUGUGUCUAGCGAUUCAGGCGCAGCAGGGUGAAGCAGUUGACAAUAUCGGCAGUGAGGACAACUACGGCUACAUGUUUGUGCCCAUGCUGGUUUUCCUCAGUUGGCUUGUCGUGUUCGCGAUGGGCUGCGCGGCGGGUUGCUGUUGCUUCGGAGGGCGCAGCAAGAUCGAGCCCCCGCCAGGUGCGACUGACAGCAGGAACGGAGCUUUGGUGCCAGCUGGGAUGAGGGUGAGGCGUGAUAGACCGAGGUUGCGCGGAGGAGACCCUGUGUACCAUUUGGAGGGAGACAACCACGUGCUGCACCUGGACAGGGGGUGCCAAUUCUUCGAGGCGUUCGUGAUGUCGAUCACCGCCUCAGGCAGCGCACGGUUCGCCAAGAUU